AUGACUGACGACUACAAUUAUCCAACUCCAGAAUUCAAUCUCUCGUCUGGAAAGACCAAAGAGUAUGAAGAGAAGUACGCUGCACACAAUUACCACCCAUUGCCUGUUGUGUUUGCCAGGGCCAAGGGUGCACACGUUUGGGAUCCAGAAGGAAAUGAGUACUUGGAUUUCCUAUCAGCAUACUCUGCCGUUAACCAAGGACAUUGCCAUCCUAGAAUCAUCAAGGCCUUAUGUGAUCAAGCCCAGAAGUUGACUCUUUCCUCAAGAGCAUUUUCCUGUGAUGUGUUUGGAUCCUGGGCCAAGUACGUUACCGAAUACUUCAAUUACGAAUGCGUCUUGCCAAUGAACACCGGAGCCGAGGCUGUAGAAACGGCCUUGAAGAUAGCCAGAAGAUGGGGUUACGCAAAGAAGGGAAUUAAAUUUGAUGAGGGAAUCAUUCUUUCCUGCGAAAAUAACUUCCAUGGAAGGACCAUUGCUGUGAUCUCCAUGUCUACUGACCCUGAGGCCAGAACUGAUUUUGGUCCUUUUACUAAGAAUAUUGGCCCCGUUAUUCCUGGCACUGACGGUAAGCAGUUGAUAAGAUACGGCGUUAUUGAAGAUGUUGAAUUGGCAUUCAAGAAUGCUGGAGAUAGGAUUGCAGCCAUUUUGAUUGAACCAAUACAAGGGGAGGCCGGUAUCGUUGUUCCUCAAAUGGAUUACUUCAAAAAGGUGAGAGAUUUGUGCAAUAAGUACAAUGUUUUAUUGAUCGCAGAUGAAAUUCAGACCGGUAUCGCCAGAACAGGCAAGAUGCUCUGCUACCAACAUUUCCUUUCUCCAGAGCAAAAGCCAGAUAUGGUUCUUUUAGGUAAGGCCAUUUCUGGUGGUGUGAUGCCCGUUUCUUGUGUGCUCUCGUCGACUGAAAUUAUGUCCGUUUUAGAGCCAGGCUCUCACGGUUCUACUUAUGGUGGUAAUGCCUUGGCUUGCAGAGCUUCCAUCGAGGCCUUAGAAGUUGUCAAGGACGAGCAUUUAGUCGAAAGAGCCAAGACAUUGGGUGAUUUCUUCCAAAAGGAAUUGAGAAAAUUGGCCAGAGAAUCUGACGGUAUCAUCAAAGAAGUCAGAGGCUUGGGUUUAUUGACAGCCAUUGUAAUUGAUCACACUAGACUACAAGGAAAGACCGCUUGGGAUUUGUGCUUAUUGAUGAAGAAUCAUGGGGUUUUGGCCAAGCCAACUCACGUUCACAUUAUCAGAUUGGCGCCACCUCUCGUUAUUUCUAAGGAAGACUUGUUGAAGGGUGUUGACUCUAUCAGACAGGCUCUCAAGGAACUUUCUAACGCUUAA